AUGAGCUCAAAAGAUUCAUCCCUCGAUCCCUCAAAAGGGCCGCGAGGUAAUCCGAAGCACAAGAGCGUCUCGAAGAAAGGCCAGCCAGGUGCUAAGAAGAACACAAGAAACCAGUCACGUACACGCAAUGCCGAUAAUAUUGCUUCUCAGCUACAGGAGCCAUGGCAUGCAUGGCCUGAACUCACAGUUCAAUUGGAGGGAUUGCCUACUUCAGUCACGACCGCAAAUCUUUGGGAUUGGUUUUCCCGUGAAGGGGAAAUUGCAUACAUGGAUAUCUACGAGACGUCUAGAAGUCCUGGAUCUAUUAAUGCCAAGAUCAGAUUUGAGCCACCACCGAAACGAGACUUUUGGUCCACAGGAACCUAUCGUAUUCGUCACCCACGACCUCUCGACAUCACGAUCAGCCUGGCAAAGCACAUACCUCAACAGACGAUUCGAAGUCCCGUAUGCUAUGACCGCUACCACCCUAUCAAGACGACUCUCCAUCCCGUGUCCUUUGACUUUGGGAGCAUGUUGGGACACAAAUCUAUGAAGAUCAUGUAUCCGAUAGUUGGAACGAUUCGCGAACGGAAGCUCAAGAUUGAACUAAAUCUCAAAUUCCAGAGGCUGACGGCCUUCUUCCCCACUGAGAUUGUAACACGAGGAGGAAGGAUGGUCCGGCAGUAUAAGGUUGUAAUCGACUUCUCCAACAUGAAAAGUAUUUAUCAAACAACAACUGCAGACAAUCACUGUGCUCUUGUGAUUCCACUCGAGACACCACCCCGGUACUAUUGGAAGUCACCCAACAUCCGGUCUACCUUCUCCGAUGAAGUCAAAAACUGGAAUUUCACGGAGAGCUGGAAUCGUGCUACAGACGUUAUUGAGGAUGUUGGCCUUCCCAUGAAAAUUCCCAUCACUCUACACGCUGACCACAAAGACUGCAACUUCGUUGAUAUCGGCCGCUGGACCACUCUUCGAUUUGUUCUUAAUGCUAGCACUGAAGAAGCCAGAGCAGCUAAUGAUCAGAUCGUCAGUGCCCUGGAUGACUUCAACAUCACCACCCAAGUUCAUGAUGGCUUCCAAUUCACCCAUGGAGUACAGCCAGAGAUGUGGAAACAUCUCGAACGUCAGCUCCCCGUCGAGGGCCAAAAAGCGUCACAAAUGCUUCACUACUCUCCAGACUUGGUUGUUCACCUCGAUUUUGAGGUCCGGUAUCAGCUCGAAGUCUGUAUCUCUCGCGGAUAUCUCAAUGAGCACACAAUUACCAAGGAAUUCCUAGACACCAUUGCCAGCAUGAAACCAAUCAAAGCGAAGCUUCACCUCGAGUUCGUGGUCGACAAGGCACGCCGAUUAGUGAACCCCAUGAAACUCUUUGAAGAAUAUCGAGAGGAAGGGUCUGUUGCAAUGCCGAGAAUUCCUCCUUAUUGUGGCCUUGUGCGAAAGGCGGUCAUUACACCAACAACUAUCCGUUACACCACACCCAACAUAGAGAUGUCCAAUCGAGUAAUGCGCAAAUACAAGCAUAUCGAGGAUCGCUUCCUUAGGAUCCAAUUUACCGAGGAACUUGAGAAGGGUAGAAUUGCAGUGAACAAGGACCAGAAUGACGAGAUCUACAAGAGGGUGCUGCGUACCAUGUACAAAGGCAUCCGUAUCGGCGAUCGUGUUUAUGAAUUCCUCGCAUUCGGCAACUCGCAACUCAGAGUGAACGGCGCAUAUUUCUUCUGCCCUACGGAACACACCUCAUGCGACGAUAUCCGCAGAUGGAUGGGCCAGUUCAGUCACAUAAAAGUUGUGGCAAAGUAUGCCGCUCGGCUUGGUCAGUGUUUUUCUACUACUAGAGAGCUUCGUGGUAUUUCCUCUCCAGAAACACGACAGAUUCCCGAUAUUGAGAGAAACGGCUACUGCUUCACCGACGGGGUUGGCAAAAUUUCCUCAUUCCUAGCCCAGCUAAUCGUGGAAGACAUGACUCUCGAUGUUUUUGCUAAGCCUUCUGCCUUCCAAUUUCGCAUGGGUGGUUGCAAAGGGGUACUUGCUGUUUGGCCGAACGAUGCCAAAAGUAUGGAAGUCCACGUCCGUGAAUCUCAGAAGAAGUUCGAGUCUAACUCCAAGGGCCUGGAGAUUAUUCGCUGCGCCUCGCUAGCGACAGCAACUCUGAAUAGACAAACCAUCACCAUUCUGGAAAGCCUCGGUGUACCUACCAGAUCGUUCACCGACUUGCUUGACCAACAAUUGAAGUCAUAUGAGCUGGCCAUGCAAGACAAUGAUGUUGCGAUUGACAUGUUGACCAAGUUUACCGACGAGCAAAAGACUCACGUUCACCUUGCCAAUCUUGUCAGGGCUGAUUUCAGAACCAAAGAUCUACAGGAGCCAUUUGUUGUGAACGUUCUCAAGCUUUGGCGGGCAUGGUCGCUCAAGAUGCUCAAGGAGAAAGCAAGGAUCCAGGUGCCGAGAAGUGCCUUUGUCCUUGGCUGUGUGGAUGAGACCAGCACCCUCCGCGGACAUUCCUCUGAAACAGAAGGGUCUGGGGAGAAAGACACCAGCAAGCUGCCACAGAUCUUCCUACAGCUGAGUGACUCGGCGCACUACAGUAAGACUCAUAUCAUCGUCGGAGUGUGCAUCGUAGGGCGCAAUCCGUCACUGCACCCGGGCGACAUUCGCGUUGUUGAAGCAGUGGAUUGCCCUGCUCUUCACGGACUAAAAGAUGUCGUCGUGUUCCCAGCGACCGGAGAUCGACCAGUGCCAAAUAUGCUCUCCGGCGGUGAUCUUGAUGGCGAUGACUUCUUCAUUAUCUGGGAGCCGAGCUUGCUCCCGGGGAUUUGGAAUUAUCCACCGAUGAACUACUCAGCCCCCAGACCCAUUGAGCUAGAGCGUGAUGUCGAUGUGAAUGAUCUCAGAAACUUCUUUGUCAAAUAUUUGAAGAACGAUACACUCCCACUCAUCGCAACAUCGCACUUGGCCUCGUCUGACGAAUUUGGUCCGAUGUCACCAAAAUGUCUCGAACUUGCCGAACUGCACUCCAAAGCAGUCGACUAUCCCAAGACUGGCGACCCGGCCAUACUUAGGCGUGAUCAGCAACCUCGGAGAUGGCCUCAUUUCAUGGAGAAGAAAAAUUCAUACCAUUCAAGAAAAGUUCUAGGAGUUAUCUUUGAUAAAGUGGUCCACAAAGCUGUUGAGUUCACUCCUAUCUGGGAUAGUCCGUUCGAUCAGAGGAUUACCAAGAAGUUCGAGCUCGACAACGAGACGCUCAGAGCUGCAAGAAAGAUCAAGACACAGUACGAUACAUCCAUGCGCCGGCUGCUUAGCCAACACGCCCUCAAGACUGAGUUCGAGCUUUGGACCGGCUUUGCCAUGUCUAAACCUGCUGUUGGAUCCGACUACAAGGUUCAAGAAGAUCUUCGUAACGAAUAUUCCUCGCUCCGAGAGAAGUUCAUUACCACCUGCAUCGAAGCCGCGGGCGGGAAACAACCCGAGAAGCUUGAGAGAUUUGUCGCAGCCAUGUACACCGUUACCGAGGAGGAAACAAAGAUUGCACUAUUCGAACACCAUCGGGGCCCGAUCAACGACGCUGGCACCAUUUUGCAACCUCGCAAGCUGGAGCCAAAGUCAAUGCCGCUCAUCAGCUUCCCCUGGAUAUUCCACCCGGAGCUGUGUCGCAUUGCAACCGAUGGCUUUGUCAGCCCGAAGCCAUCAACCAGCGGGGGAGCUAACAAAGUAGGAACUCAACAAUCCACCUCAUGUCCUGAGGUAGCACCAGACGAGAGUUCAACACCUGCGAUAGAAGUGGCUGUUGAAGGGUCUGCUCUGGCACCUGAGAUCCACUCCCGCCUCCCUGACGGCACAGUCAUUCACCGAGGAGAACCAUUGUCAAUUUUCCACCCCGAAGACGAUGGAGAAAUGGACGAAGAUGCCCAAGAUGCAUCGGACUCGCACCAGGCUGAUGAAGAGGAAGAAGAUGAUGCCAUGGGCCGUUUAUCUAGUUUGAUCGGGCAUCUCGAUGUGGAAUAA